AUGGUGGAUAGUUUACCAGUGGAACUUAUUCAUCAUUUAUUAAGUUAUUUUACAGCUGAUGAAAUUUUUUAUACAUUUAUGAAUGUUACUUCCUAUAUUGAUGCUAUUUUAUUAACUUAUACAUGUUAUCGAAUAAAUUUUAAAUCGAUUUCAAGAACAAAUUUUAAUCUUAUUUGUCAACAUAUUAUACCAAAUCAAGUUACUACAUUAACACUUUCCAAUGAUGAAAAUACUCCUGGUUUAGGAGGACUUUUCUUAUCACGUUUUCAAAUUCAACAAUUUACUCAUCUACAAUCAUUGACAUUAAUUGAUAUUGGAUCAGAUUUAUGGAAAAGUAUUAUAACUCAAUUGAUACAUUUAAAGAGAUUAUACUCAUUUUCUUACAUUAAUUUACGUGAAGCUUUUUGGAAAUCGAAUUUAUCAGGAACAGCCAUUACACAGAUUGAUAUCGAUUUAUUUAGUAGUUAUGCUCCCAUAUUAUCUCAAUUGUAUCGAUUGAGAUUAUGUCAUGGAGAUUUUUUCGAAUCAGUUCAAUUUCCUAAUCUUCGUCAUUUAAUACUUGAGAGAUCUUCGAUUAAUACAAUUAAACAUAUAUCUUCUGUGGCACCACAAUUAAAAUCGCUUGAUACAAAAAUUCAAUGUCAUAAUUUAUCUACAAAAAUAGUUUACCCAUUGCUUCAACUCACUCGACUCACUCUUGUGAUUGACGACUUCGUUUGCUCUAUAAACGAUAUAGAAAGAAUGAUGUCAAAUCUACCACGCCUUAAACAUCUUACAUUAACUGCUUCUUGUCACAACAAUGUAAUUGAUGGUCAUCGAUUGCAAAUUAACAUGCAGCAUCUCAUUACAUUUAACUUUAGAUUCAAUUUAUUUAGUCAUUUGGAAUCAGAAGAUCUUAACUCAUUUCGUACGUCAUUUUGGCUUGAAGAAAAACAGUGGUUUGUAGCCUAUGGAUAUCAAUGCUUGUUUUCAGUGCCAUGCUUUAAUACAAGAUUUGCUAAAGAAUAUUUCCAAUUUCCAGUUUAUUCAACAUUACCUAAUAAUAGAAUUUUCAGCGAUUGCAUUGAUACAUUAGAUCUUUCAGAAACAGCAUAUAACGUGGAGCAUCAAUAUAUGCAUGUAAAAACAUUAACGCUGUGUUAUCCUGUUAUUCUAUCCUCUAUUGAACGAAUCGUUAAUUUAAAUGGAAUUCAACACUUUAUUUUAUUGUCAAUGGUAGACAAUUUUCCGAUUAUAGAAACCUUAGAUAAAAUGUCAAAUCUACGUCAAAUAUCACUUUCAGUUUGUGUAAAAUACUUCCUUAAAGAAAUUCGUUCUAAAACACUUGAAAAUAUACGAAUACUAACAAUAAAUCCAUCAUACAUGGAUGAUAAUGAUUAUAAUAUUGAAAAAUUAUCUAUUGUUUUUCCAAAUAUCGAACAUUUAUAUGUAAAACAUAUAUGCGUAAUAGCAAAAAUGUUUUCUUUUCUUGAUCGAUUCAAAUAUUUAUCUACUGCAUCAUUUCAGUAUAUGCCACAAUCCUUGAAUGAUGUAACGACACGACAACAUUGUCUUACAAUUCAAUCUGCUCUUGAUCGAAUACGACGUGUCCAAAGAUUUCAUUAUACAUAUCGACUCGAUUACGUUUCGGUUUACUUCUGGCUUUAA